AGACUGCGAACGUCAGAGUGCCCUCCGACUUCGUCGCGCACACAUCCCUUCUGGAUCGCGACUAUUGCGCAAUAGCUACGUUUUACGAAUCGCGUUUCACGUUUAGAUUGCACAUUACCGCGAAAACAACGUGGCGCAUUUGUGACGCCGAUGAAUACCGAUGUGAUUUUGUGCGAGAGACCUGUCCGAGAGAAAGGCAAGUUCGCUCGCAGUCACGAGGAACGAAACGGAAAUUGAAAACGACGGUGCAAUCCGGCGGAGAUACCGUGAGAGAAACCGAACUUCAUUUCGCGCGGAAUUGUGGAAUCCGUCUUCAAGCUCUCUCGAUUACAUCAGCACGGAAUUUCUGUCCGUUUCUCCGAGAAUUAUCUCCGAAGAUCUGUCCGUCCGGCGGAAACAUCCAGUCCGAUUAUCGAAGAUUUUCCUAUCGAGAGAAAAUCAAGAUACUCUCUGGUAAAUUAUCUUCCAAGAGAUAUUAUCUACGAGCGAAUCUCCAUGCGACGAUCCUUUCGACGUUUCGAAGCGAUUGUUAUAUGUUAACAACAGCGACAGAUAAAUAAUACAAUUAAUCGAUACGGAUCUACUGUAAAAUAGCGAUUUAUUUUGCGAUAAAAUAAAAAGCAGGAGUUUCGAGUGUAGUUUCGAUAAAUCAUCCCCGUCGAUCUAGGAUGGAUAUCUGGAAGAAGCGACACUCGUAAAACUUCCGAUAUUGGUGCCGCGCUCUUUCAAGCGUGUACUACUCCAAUUAUUGUUGCAAAUCGUGAAAGAAAACUGAAAUCGGUGGAAUAUUGCGAGAGAUCAAGCACGAUGCGCUGAAGAAGCAUCGAUCAUCGCGGGCCAAAAGCGGGGCGGCCUAAGGACGCUGGAUAUUCAAUUAAAUCAUUUCAGCAUUUCGAAAACCGGUUAGACGAGCAGGUAGUGAUAGUAACGAGUAAAGAGUAUAAACCAAGAGAGUGAGAGAGAAAAAUAGCUGGACAGAGUCGCGUGACUCGGUUAACUUACAGCGACAAAUAUCGCGAUACUCCUGCGGAAGAGCGUUUUGUCUUCAUAAAAAAAAAACCUUAAAAGUAACAUAUCCGUGAAAGAUACUUCAGUUUAAAACAUAAUUUAAAAAGGUGCUAUUUAUGAGAGUGAAAAAUAUAAAAAGUCUCGAAUAUUCGUCAAAAAAGAAUUCUCUUAAAGCACAUGAUUAAUGAUAACAGUGAUAUGGUUGAAUAGAUGUAACUGAGUUACUUACGCAGAGAAUAUACAUCAUCAUAGCAAUACAAACGAUAUAAAAGUUGGAGUUUUAACGUCCACGCUGCACAAGGGCUGCUAUAUUAAUUGCCUGCCGUAAUUGGGGUUUGUAGGAAUCGCGCUUAAUUAGUUCGGGGUCUCUCUAACAGGUGAACGAUGAAGUGGUGUGUGCUAGUGUUGGUAUUUGUCGGUCUGACUAGAGGCGAUAACGGCAUCGGUGCGGACACGAUCUUAAACUGCCCGGACCUCAAUACUCAAGACGAGAUAGAUCUCGAGAAGAUAUUGGGAAAAUGGUACGUCGUGGAAAUACUGGAACACAGACCGGAUUCUAAGAAACCAAAAAAUGAAAAAUAUGUCGUUGACACGUGUCCAAUCGUCAAUUUGAAACAGUUCGACCAUGGCAAUUUGAGACUAUUUUGGAACGAAGAGGCUGGAAAUUUGGAAUAUACCUUUCGAAUACCAAAUAUUGUCGAAAGAAAAGGCUUUUGGCACACUAUGUCUGCACAAAACGGCACCUUGACGGAGAGGCAGUACAAUCAAUUCGUCGGUCCUGUGUACGUAAUGAAAGCCGUUGCUUCGGACAUGGUGUUGACUUUCUGCUCCCGUCAUCCCCCUCAGCUUUACUCGCUGCUAUUGUCGCGCGAGCACGACUUCCUACAGAAGAGCGACAAACGAGGCGUACACAAUCUGUUGAGCCGUCGCGGCCUGAAAAUCAUCAACAUCCGGGAGACCUGUGUAAACGGUAGCGCCGGAUCUAGAAGGGGUGCGCUCGAUUUCGUCACUUGGGCGACUCUCGUCGGCCUCCUCUCGUCGAGCUUCCUCUUUAGGUCCUGGCAGUAGUGAAUUAGGUAGACGAUCGAUAUCGAGAACCUUGGUACGCGAUCGCCAGCCAAGCUCGAGUGUCUCUCUCUCUGUCUCGAUUAAUUAACACGAUUAUUAACACUUUGGAUGCUGCGCGCGAAUAAUCUCAAACAUCGCCGGAAAUUCGCCGGAGAUUCCGUUUGCUAUAUGCUUAUAUUAAUUACAAAACGCUUGCGAGUUGAAUUAAAUAUUUUUGCGUUAUCAUUUUUACGUUAUAAUACUUUGCAUCACUGCAGUUCUUUUAAAAUAACUUUUUAUUAUAACAUCUUUUUUUCCCCCAUCUCUUCUCUUGCAUUUCUCUUUUAAAAUUUUAACUUAUAAAAUUUAUUAUUUUACUAGAUAAAUUGUUUUAAUCGCAAUAAUAACAAUAAUAACAUGCUAAUAAUAGCAAGUAUAAGCAAAACUCUUAUAUAAUAAUCUUUAAACGUAUUAAUAUUAAUAAAACGUAUCAAAUAAUUUUUUAAGAAACUUUUUGAGCUAAGAUAUAUUUUAUUUAUCUUUUUCUCUAACGCGCCUUCUCAGUAAAUAUUAACAUACGAAGCUUAAUGUAAAGUCUCGAAAACGAGAGAAUCGCAUCCAAAGGGUUAAAGUUUUAUUAUACCAUGACAGACGCUCUGGACAUCGAAGAUCCUUUCUACAAUUAGCUUAACCUCAUCAUGAAUACUCGAUCAACGUUACGAAAAGCGGAAUGGCGAUUUAGAUCCGCAGCGUUCCCGGUCUCUGAAGCAAUCACACAGAAAGAAUGGACCUCGUCGACGGGAUUUGUGAUUCGACGAACCUUAAGAGGAUCAGAUUGCGCGAGGUGAACACGAUCUAGUGAGGAAAAAACAUCGAUAUCAUUCGCUUCUCUCAUGGAAGCUUCCAUUUAGAUCCCUAAGAUCGAUUGGCCACUCGAAUAUUUUUCAACGACAUCCUCGUCGUUUGUUCCUUCUUUUCGAGAAUAAAUUACCCAUUAGGCGAUUUUUCCGCCAUCCCGGGCUCUCGGCGAGGACAUUGCUUCGCUCCUUGCCGUCAAGUUCUUAAUCAAAAAUGCUUCGUAGCAAGCGCAUACAAAAAAAAAAAUGCGAGUGCAAAAAAGAUUCGCCGCGUAAAUAUAUUUUUCCGCGCUACGUUCCGGAAAAAGCAUGUGUAUACAUUGCGGAGUUAAUCUUUUCUCCUAGUGUGUCACGUGUGACGUCUUGAGUUAUAACGCUAAUAUUUUUUUCGUGAUAAGAUUCGCUAACCGGGAGGGGUUUUACAUUUUUGUUGACCACUAAAAUCUGUUACCUAAUGUCUCGACUACGUGCGACUUAAUAUAUUUAUGUUGUAAUAAUUAUUUUUUACUAAUUUUACUUUCUGUAAAAUGUGGAAGUACAGUCGCGGAUAUAAUUUUGUAUGAGCGGUUUUUGACGCAGGAGAGAAGAAAAGGUAAUCGCAAAGUUUGAGCAAAGUCAUUAAAAUCCCUCUACCUACUUAGCUGCAUGAUGCGAAAACACUUGGUCCCCCAUCCUGUUAGUGGCGCAAAUCUCAGCGAAAUCCGUAACAGAGGGGCACUAAGAAUGACGGAAUAUCGGAAUCUCGCCAUGUGAGUAGCGCGUCGAGGAUUUUCCGCAAAUACUUUUCCGAUAUCCGAGAGAGAUGCGCACCUCUUUGGUGUUCCUUGGCAUCUCUUUGACCAAAGCUGAAGAAUGUUCGAGCGGCGCUCUCGUAUCCCUCUUAUUCCCUCUUUCGAUACUUGUCCGUCAGAAAAGUUCCCUCGAAUUGCUUUAUCGCGAAGAACAUCUCGAUGUUCAUGCCCGACUCGUAUCUGUCCCGAUAAGAGGAGUGCGGAUUACAGGGAAAUAAAUGGGGGCGCGGGAUGCUUUUGCAUCUUCGUAUGUCUGCGUCGCAUGUGAAUGGAAUGAGGUAUGUUCUCGACGAUUUCAAGUUCCACUGAUGCAGCAACCUCAUGCAGAUUGCAGAACUGUCUAGUGAUAAUGUCGUUCCGCAAGAAAAAGUUUCCGCGAGAUUCGCUCUCGCCUCUUCCGGAGCUUUUCGUAUACGGGGUGUUUUGAAGAAAGGAAUUAAUCGAGCGUACACUCUGGUAACUCAGUUUUCACGAAGUAACAGUGAGAUGUUACAAUAUAAGUGGAAGUUAAUGUACCUACUUGAGUCAGACUUGAGUCAGACUUGAACUAGCAUUUAUUCUUUUAAUGUCUUGUUUUACACGUAAGAAUAUUUUAAUUACGUGCAAAAAGUGUUCAAGAUGCAGGGAAGUUAGGAAAUUCCUUAUUCGUUCUUAUUAUUAUACAUGUUUUUAAUAUCUGAGGUAAUAAAUAUUUUUUUAGUUAAAUAAAUAAAGAAUGUAAGCUCUCUUUAUCUCCUAAGACACCCUGUACUAUUCUGCUCCAACUUGAGUCACGUAGAACUCGCGAAUGUCGCGACGUCGUCGCGAUGUCGUCUUUCUUUUCUGCCGCGUAACGAAAUCACCGAAAUCUCUAUUCUCGUCUGGAAUUUUCAAAUCGCGCAAAUAGAUAAUUCUUCUACAUUUCUUAGGUGAUCAUCAUUUUGCAAUUAUUAUUGGAUUUAUUAGAAGAAACAAAUUUGCAUAAAUCGAUUUUUGUAUAAUUAUUGAUUAAAUAUUAUUUAACAUAAAAAAUAAGAGCAACAGCUUCUCCAAUUGUUAAAUUUUUGUAUAUCUUUAAAGUUUUUAACAUUUUAAGAGAAAAGGAAAUGUGUGUUUAUCACCUUGACAUUUCUAUGUAUAUAUUUUGAAAAUCAAUUAUACAAGUUACUUGAGAUCGGUCCAACGUUGCGGAUACACAUUACGAUAAAUAAUUGUAAUUUUGGCUAAAGUUUUGAAAAAGUUUUCGUACUGAUUAUCCAGUUUAAUAGGUAUGUCUUUUUCUGAGAAAUAGAAAACAGUAUUGUAUAAAGAAAUUUUGGUCUCUGCGAGAUGUUAAUUUAAUUAAUAAUUUGAUUAAAUAAAAUCUCAAUUAAUAAAUAAAAAAAUAAAUAUUUUAAUAAAUAUUUUUACUUGCGAUAUUAAAUUAGGAUAAUUCAAAGUGAAUACUUUUCGAAACUUUGCUUAUAAUUUUAGAUAAAAGAUCUAAGUGUUCAAUUUGAAUCAGUAUAAUCAGAAAUCGCAUGAGUAUUUUUUUUUUUAAGAACUCAAUGCAAUUAGAACUUUAUUUUCCGCGAAAUAUGAGAUUAUAUUAUUAACCUCAUAUUAUUUCUCCCUGCAUUUAAUAUAAUUAUUAUAUUAUUUAAUAUAAUUAAAGAAUAAAAUUUUGAUAGUAGCUGACUUUUGAAAAAAAACUUGGCUUGCGCGGUUUCCGAUUAUAUUGACGCAAAUAAUCAUGCUCCAUGAUUUGUGUCUUCAAGAAGGAAUCAGUCAUUGUUCUUCCGUAUGAACUUGAGAUAUGAUAGAUAGAAAUGCAUGUCGUACACGUCUCUCUUAGCAUACAUAAAAUGACAAUAGAUGUCAGCCAUCAAGAUGAUCUUCUGCGAAGAUGAGUAAAUAGCAAAUCAUCAUGUUUAUCUGCUAAAGUCUGAAUUAUCGAACCAAAUAUCGCGUGAUAUCGAUGUAUCGUGACAAUUUCAUAUUUACGAUCCUCGAAAUGUUUUCUCUACAGUCGUUUAGAAUUAAGUACGUCUGCUAUCGGUAAGCUACGAACGCAUAAUUAAACGACAUCAUUCCUUAAACUUUUGUUAACAUAAAAAAAAUAUUAUUAAUUUAGGUUUUCUUAUUUUCUUAGUUUGAUUUUAGAUGGAUGGAUUGAUUUGAUGGAUGGAUUGAUAUUAUACAAUUAUAGAGUUAUAUAAACUAUAAAAGAAAUAAUAAUUUAAACUAUUUAAAAAUAUGAAUAAUAAUUAUUUUUGUUUUGAAAUAAAGUAAUAUUCGAGAAAUAUACAAUAAUUAUAUUUAUUAUUUUGUUAAUUGUUUUUAUAAAUAAAUAUAUAUAUAAAUAUAUGUAUAACUCUAUAGGAUAAAUUUAUUGCUAAUUAUUGGGAUGCCGUUAUUACUAGAAAGUUUAUUAUAAAAUAACAUAGUUGUUAAAAUAAUCAUAAAUAUAUAUAGCGAAGAGAUAGAAUGAUUUUGUCGAUUGAUUCUAUAAAAAUGCGAAGUGAGAUUGUGAUUAACGACGUAAUUAAAUUAAUAUACAUAUUAUUAUAUUAAUGAUCAUGUACACAAACAUACACAAAUACAUUCUUUAAAAAGUCUGAUAAAUCAUUUGGAUGUCCGCAAAACUACAUCCAAAGAGAGGUAAUAUUUGAUAUAAAUUAUAUAAAUACAAAUAAAUUAUUAAAUAUUAGAAUAAAAAUGGACAAUUUUGACGAUUUGUAUUCUUAUUUCAAUGUUGGAUUUUAAUUCUGCACGUUAACGAUGUUGUAAUAAAGAUAUGAGAAUGUAAAAUAAUUAUGUGUAUCAAUAUAGAUAAAUUUGAUAGGAGCUUAUGUCGCGAAAAUGGAAAUUGUUACAAUUAAUAUUGAAGUCGCGCCAAUUGUUAUAAUUGAAUAUCAAUGUCGCACGAUUGCGCAGCGACAUAGUGGGAGGACGUGUAAACAAUUAAAGCUUACGGUGGGACGUGAUUAAGCCCAGGGCAGCUCGAUAAACUCCGAAGAAGACCGGCUUAUCGAUCCUCGCUAGCUGCAGAGCACGUCUACCGAAGCUGUGCCGUUGUUUCCGUUAACGUCGUCCUGCCGUUAUGCAGAAUUUACGAGGCCACGGCGCUAACCACACACGAGAUCCCCUGCCAUCAAUUUUUAUCACACUCACUUCCGAAUUAAGCUUAAACACGAUAUUUCUUUUUAAGCAUACGUCGCGGAUUUAUCGGGACGAUUACACGGAAAUCCCAUAACUUAUGAAACGGCUGCGUAUUUCUCAUUCCUAUCCGCGCAUUCGGUCGAGAUUGCUUUUUCCAUGUCUCGUCAUUUAUCGAAGGAUUAUUAUCGGUCCCAUCUUCGGAUUUGUCUCUCGAUAUGUAUUGAAUUUCGAGACGAGACGGCGAUUCGAUGCUUUCAUCAAAAUUUCCAACUUGUCCGAAAUUUAUUACUUAAUUACGUUUGUUGGGCGAAAUUAAAUUUUAACAUUUUAAAAUUUAGUUUAAGCACAUCGCUUAUAAAUGACUUUAAUUGAAAUUGUUAAUUGAUUUUCAUUCUUUUAGCGUAUUCGAGAGAGAAGAAUUAAUAUAUUAUCCGUCUAGAGAGAGAGAGAGAGAGAGAGAGAGAGAGAGAGAGAGAGAGAGAGAGAGAGAGAGAAAGAGAGUGAUGGGCACUCAAUUUUCUCUUACAAGUAUUUUUAAAAUUUUUUAAAGUUUUGUAAAUUAUUAAUCUUAAAUAACAUUGAAAAAAAGAUACAAAAUUUUUAUUACAUAUCCGAAAUAAUCGAUAGUGUUUCUUAGCUCAUCACUAAUUAUUAAUUAAUUAAUAUGUUGGUACAAGCAAAAAGGUGAUCAAAUAAGAAUAUAUAAAAUCAUGACAUCUCUGUUGCAAAGAUGUAUUCUGUAUAUAUCUUGACUUCGAACUAAAACAAGAUAUUCGUGAUAUCAAUCAUGAAAAACGUUCGCAAUCGUCGCAAAUUUCCACGAUAAUUUAAAUGUAAUAAUGGAUAUUAGAGAGCUCGUUAUUAAAUUAAAUUAUUGUAUACUCGAUGCGCCAGUCGUGCGGAAUCGCGCGAUGUUAUGUUUAAAAUGCUCUAUAGAGUCUUUAUUUAUUGUACAAAAAAUGCUGGAUAUUAUAUAUAAAUAUUAUAUACGUAUAAAUUAUACACAUAUAUGAUUUAAAUAGUACCUAAUACGAUGAAUAGUCGUAUAUGCUUAUUAUGUGUAUAAAUAUAUGAAACAAUAAAAAAUUACUUCGAUGUUUCACGCA